AUGAGUGGUGUACCUUUUAAUAUGUUAAAACAUCUCAAAGAAGAAUGCUCUAAUAUUAGUAAAAAAUUUUGUAAUAUUCUUUAUGACUUAGAUAAUAUAAAUAAUAAGACAAAAAAUAAUAAACGUUCCCGUGUUGAAGCUGAAUUAAGUGACGAUAUACUCUCAGAUGUAAAAGAAAUUAUCGAAGCUUUAGAAUUAGCUAAUUUAGUAAAGAAAAAGGAUUAG